UAAUUUUCUAUUCAAGUUUCAUUAGGACUCGAUCGAAGUGAACACUGCUGCUGUUUUAUUUUUGCUUCAUACCUUAUAUAGAAAAGUGGAUAAGAUAUAUAUUGAAUGUUACUGAUUUGUAUAAGGUUCAGUUGACACUGAGUGCAUAGAAGUGAACUGUUUAUUUUUUUUUUUUAAUUUAUUGCGACAACUGCAAAAAAUAAAGAAAGAAAAUAAUAUUAGUAUAAUGAGCAAAGUAAAAAGUGAUGGAAAACAGGAUAAGUUAAUUCCUCGUGAUGACAGUAUGUUAACUACCGAUGAAGAUGAUAGUCAAGAUACAUUUGGUGAGUAUGAUACUUGUUCAGAAAAUAGUAGCGAUAUGGAUAGUGAUAAUAAUUCACUAGUACUGGAUGUUGAUCAUAUAAAAGAGGAAGAAAAGUUAACUGACGCUGAUUAUAUAAAUAAUAUAACAAAUGACUCUUGUUAUUUAAUAAAAUCUGUAAAACAUUGGCAAGAAAAGUAUAAAUUAGAUGUUCAAAUGAUAACAUUACAAGCCGAGAAAAUGUUGGAAAAAUCCUUAUCGCCAGAAGAUUUUGGAUUAUCAGGCGUUGCUGCAAAAGCUAUUAAUGUUCUUAUGGAAAAGACAGUAAGAAUGAACCUGAAUGAAUUGCUAGAUUAUGCUAAAAGCAAUAAGAUGUAAUAAUUAUCCGAUUUCUAAACUCUAAAUAUAGACG